GUGAGAGUCGGAAGCCGCGGAGGAACAGAAGCGACUCAUUUGCAGAGUUUGAGGAGAAACUCUAAAAGCAGAUCCGCUAAAGUACAAACUGAAGAGUUCCUCAGCGGUUUGAGUGUGUGUUCGUGCGAUCAGGAUGUGUGUGAAGUGAACACUGCAGCAUGAGCUUCAUGACAGACUGCAUCUGCUCGUAUGGAGCUGGAGUUUCUCUAACAGCCAUCAUGUCGCAGAAGUUCCUCCUCGAGCGCCUCUGGCUCAGUCCAGCUCUUCUCCAGGAUGGGUGACUUCACGAGCUCUGAGGACUUCUCUCGGAUUUUCUUCACUCUUGUGGAAUGUUCUGAUCGUCAGUGAAGAAGAGUCGAGUUUGGUGGAGAUCCUGCAGAAGACUGAGAUGAUGGUGAUGGUGGUGGUUAGUUGGGGCGCUUUUCUCCAAACCUGCUUGAUAAUGAUGGUGAGAGCAAACCAGCACAACCCCAGAGAGACCAGCUGCGACCUCAAAGCCAAACAAAGCGAGCUCAACUCCUUCCUGUGGACGAUAAAGCGAGACCCGCCCUCGUACUUCUACGGCACCAUUCACGUCCCGUACACGCGCGUCUGGGACUUCAUCCCCGAGAACUCCAAGCAGGCCUUCCAGGAGAGCAGCAUCGUGUACUUCGAGCUGGACCUGACCGACCCGUACACCAUCUCCGCGCUGACCAGCUGCCAGCUGCUGCCGCAGGGAGAGAACCUGCAGGACCUGCUGCCCAAAGACAUCUACCGCCGGCUCAAGACUCACCUGGACUACGUCAAGCUCAUGCUGCCCUCCUGGAUGACGCCGGACCAGCGGGGCAAGGGCCUGUACGCAGACUACCUGUUCAACGCCAUCGCCGGGAACUGGGAGCGCAAGCGGCCCGUCUGGGUGAUGCUGAUGGUCAACUCUCUGACCGAGGCCGACAUCAAGACGCGCGGCGUUCCCGUGCUGGACCUGUACCUGGCGCAGGAGGCCCAGAGGAUGAGGAAGAGAACAGGAGCCGUGGAGAAGGUGGAGGAGCAGUGCCAUCCUCUGAACGGACUCAACUUCUCUCAGGUGAUCUUUGCUCUGAAUCAGACGCUCCUGCAGCAGGAGAGCCUCCGUGCCGGGGGUCUACAGGUGCCAUACACCACAGAGCACCUGAUCAAGCACUACAACUGUGGAGACCUCAACUCCAUCAUAUUCAACCAUGACACCUCACAGGUGCCGAAUUUCAAGAACGCAACACUGCCGCCAAGUGAGCAGGUGACGGCGCAGGAGAUUGAGCGCUACUUCCGACAGGAGCUGAUCUACAAGCGUAACGAGCGCAUGGGCCGGCGCGUCCGAGCGCUGCUGGAGGAGCACCCCCACAAAACCUUCUUCUUCGCCUUUGGAGCAGGUCACUUUCUGGGAAACAACUCUGUGAUUGAUGUCCUGCAGCGUGAAGGUUAUGAGGUGGAGCACAUGCCUGCCGGACAGACGCUGCACAGCGGCAGAAGGUCUGGAGAGCUGACGGACGCAGACACCCCGCUGGAGCCGUUCCUCCACGAGAGCCGAGAUCUUCAGGAGGACGAGGACUCGCAUCUCCUGGAGCUCCUGGAGAAGGUGGAGCACAAGCUGAAGAAGAAGCGCCGCAACAAGCAGAAGAAGCAGCGCCAUCGGCAGUUCAACGACCUCUGGGUGCGGAUGGAGGAGAGUGUGACGGCCGAGGCUCCGCCUCCUGUCGUCCGCAUCAUCAACGGUUACAUCACAGUCCAGACACACCCACAGGAGCACAGCAGAGCCAAUCAGCACAGAACGUUCUCAGGCUCCUCCUCCUGGAGCCCCGCCCUCACUUCGACGGCUCUGUGUGUUCAGAUCCUCCUGCUGCUGCUUUCAUAACGUCUGAUGAGCUGCAGGUUCGAGUUUAACCCUGAACCUCACGGACAGACUCUGAACCGCUUCAUGCUGGACUAAUCAACCGCUUCACUUCAGCUCUUGAAGAAUCACUUCCUUGUAAAUAUCAGAUGUAUUAUAGAUGUUUUUAGAGUUUUGAAUAAAGCAUUUGUUUUUUCACUUAUUAUAUAAAUAUAUAAAUAAGAGUCAUUAUAUUUUUGUGACUAAACCAACUACUAACCAGCUUAACUGGCCUCAAUCAUGAAACAGCAGCAGUGAAUUUCUGUUUGUAACACCUUAGAAAUCAAAUCACUUCCUUCAGUUCAGCGACACUUUUUACAUAAAAGCAGAUUUCCAAGCGAUUUGUGCAAAGACGAGUUUCACGUCAGGGGCCCGUUGAGUUUCUUCCUCUUCGUCUUUUCUAUCUGUCAACUUCAUGCAUUUGAUGAUUGUUUAAAAUGUUGUGUUUAUGACAUAGAAAUGAGUCAUUUAAUUUAUUGAAUAGAUAGUUUUAGUUGAUCUAAAUGUGUUCAUGUGAUUGUUUAUGGCAGAAUGACACAAUGUAAAUCAUAUCUGGUGUUUGUGACGUUACAGUAAUUAUGUUUGUCUAUGAUGUUACAAGAAAUAAAGUAUUUAUCUAGUUCAAGGGUCUCCAAACGAAAGAUGAAUAUAGAUGUUGAGAAGCUGCACAUCUGCUCCUGCAGAACGUCUGGAUGUUAUUUGCAGCUUCUGAACAUGACUUCUUGUUCUGUGGUUGACACUGGAACAGAAGCAGCGUGUUUUAUGAGGGAUCUGAUCUCCUGUGCCACUGGUCCUUCUCUACAGAUGUUUCUUAAGAUCACUGUCCUCACAGCGAAUGAACACUGAUACCUGCAUCUCAUCUUCAUCGUCCUCAUCCUCCUCCUGACAGCAGAUUUCAGUAGCGUGUGUUCAGAGGAGGGUUUCCUCAGCUCCAGGUCUCCAGAUCCAGCACUGAGAUGUUUGAACUCAUCAGGUUUUUCUUGAACCAACGACUGGCGCCGCGACUCUUUGGAAGAGAUCUUUUAUUAUGCUC